UGUAUGUGCAUGGGGGAAGAAGCUCUGAACUCUGCAGUCUGGUGGUUUGAGCACAGGAAAGCAGACUAAAAGUGGACUAUCUCUGAUUUAUGAUCAGGAAGUAAAGGAGAGGUGAACUGUGGGCUGUGAGGAUUACACGUGAGCUGUAUGGGUACAAAUGACAGGCUCAAGACCAAACCCCCCUUACCCCCUAAACCCCAGAUAAAAGGGGGUAUACCACAGAAGGUCCUGGAUUCCCCUCCAAGCAGCACUAACACGACAAGUGGUGCACAAUACAGACCGACCCCUAAACCUCGCCUACGCAAACCUGGUCCCCUAAAGGAUACCCUGAACCGAACUGGCAAUGCUGAUCAACCCUCUUUGUGUAACACGGACAAUGCUGCCCCAAAUGGAUCCAGUGAGAGCCACUCUGUUCCUCCAGCCUGCCCACCCUGCUGUCCUUGUGUUUGUCAUUAUUCCAGCAUGUACGGACAAAAGAAAAGCCAACAGUAUGAGGACAAUUAUAUCAUUAGCUCAGAGAAUAAAGACAAUAAGGAACUCAGAAGAGUCCCUCCAGCUAUACCUGUACCUGCAAGACCUCUUCCCAAAGAGCCUUGGCAGAUGAUCAUAAUGAAUGUAAAAGGAACGACUGAUGAUGAUAAUGAAAGCAUUUAUGCUGAACCUGACAUGCCAAAGCAUGACGACACAGCACCUGAAAGAUAUGAACCUGAGCCAAGUGGUGUUGCAAUGAAGGUCCCUUCCCAAAAGCCCAUUCCUACUGCAAGGAUGGCUGCUCAGGAGCAGUCUAAACAUCAGGACAGUGAGCAUGUCAUCUCUAAGAGUUUGAGGAAUAAGAAGAAAAAUAAAGCAGAUAAAACAAAACAAAACAAAUCAUCCAUUUCAGUCAAACGUCCGACUACAAUUUCCAACUGUUCACGCAGUCAGUUCUUCCAGACCUCUGCAAAAUGCCCUGAACAAUCAAGUGCAGGUAUGGUGCCAUCUGCAGGCUUGAAGGUUAAGAGGACAAGAAGCUCCCCAUGUAGACAAACUAAAGCAAAGGAUGGCCGUUCCUGGAAGAUGCUGCAGGACAGCUUAUGGCAGGAGCGCUGUGUUGUGAAAGAGAGCGGAAUCCUGAACCACCUAACCAAAGAGGAGCUUCUCCUUCAGGAGAGUAUUUAUGAGGUGGCAACUUCUGAGCAGUCCUAUCUUGAACGGCUAACUGUUGUUGUGAAUCAUUUCAUGGAAUCUCCAGAACUAAAUUCAGCUAUAGCUUCCAGAGACCAAAAAGCACUCUUUUCCAGCAUGCACAAAAUGAGAGAGAUCAGCAAGAACUUCCUGGAGUCGAUGGUUCAGAAUUUGGGCUCCAGGUUGUUUUGUGAAGGUUUCUGUGAUGUUGUCCAUCGUUAUGCCACUGGACCAUUCAGUGCUUAUGUGGAUUACAUCCGCAACAUACCAUGCCAGAAGCAAACACUCAUCAAGUUGAGGAAGGAGAGCCCUCGCUUUGUGGAGAUCUUAAACAAGCUUCAGGAGGACCCAUGUUGCAAUCGGCUGCCUCUCGACUCUUUCCUCUCGCUGCCUUUUCAGAGGAUCUCCCAACUCAAGGUCUUAAUGGAGACAGUCCUAAAGAGGGCAGCCUCAAAGUCAGACAUUCAGGCCUCUGCAGAAGCAGCCUUGACUGAGAUUUCUGAGGUGCUGGAGGCAUGCAAUAGGGAAGUGGGUAAGAUGAAGCAGAUUGAGGAACUUGUCAACAUUGCCAACAAAAUAGAGUUUGAGUGCAAGGCCUUGCCGCUGGUGUCAUCUUCUCGCUGGUUAAUCAGAGAUGGUGAAAUGACCCAGCUCACUCUGAAUGAGAACAUUUUUGUCCAGAGGAAAAAUUGCACUGUCCAUUUGAUCCUCUUCAAUGAUUUGCUACUGGUUGCCUCAAAGAAAGGGUCAGACAGGUAUGUGGUGCAUGAUCAUGUCCACCGUUCCCUCAUUGAGGUCACUGAGGGUGCUAAAGUGGAGGAUGAUCUGGAAGGGUAUGACAUGAGAAGAGUAUUUCUACUGGCUAUUUUGAAGAACCACAAAGGAAGCUCAUACCAACUUUUACUGCAGACCUCCACACUAGAAGAGAGAGACAGCUGGCUGAAGGUCCUGAAGAGUGAGGAAGGAGUGUAUGAAGAGUGGGAUUGUCCUCAGGUGCGAUGUAUUGAAGCGUAUAAUGGACAACAACCUGGAGAGCUCAGUCUACAGCCUGAGGACAUAGUCAGCAUCAUCCAGAAAACAUCUGAUGGUUUAAUGGAGGGUCGGAGGCUUCCUGAUGGGGAGAGGGGCUGGUUCCCUGCUAAGUGUGUGAUGGAGAUCUCUAAUGAGCAUGUGCAGAGACGCAACCUGCGUCAGCGUCACCACGUCCUCCAGGCAGCUGCAAACAUCCUAAAACGCCGCAGCAUUUGUCAGGACCAGCACACCACUACCUGCUUCAACAAAUAUUAAUUACAAUAUUUAUUAUCUGCCUAUUUAGUCUUAUAGACCCAACGCCAAUGUACGUAGCAGCUUUAGGAACUAAAAAAGCACUGGGAACUGUAUGCAUGUAUGCAUGUUUUAUAUGAGAUGGGCUUUUAUAUGGUUGGUCUACUCUUUACUCUUCAGGGAAAUAAUCUGUAAAAUAAUGAAAUCUAUAUUAUGAUUAAUGGUCUCUGUGUGAAUAAUAUUCCCUUUUGUUGUCAUGGAGAUGGAAAGCAUCACUCUUUACUGUGCUAGCUUACAGUUUAUUUAACCUCACAUUAAAAGUUGAUUAUAUUUCCCAGCUUUUAGGCUUUUGUAAAGUCAUUAUGAGGGAAAUAGUGUUGUUCAGAAUCUUUCUUUUAGUGGAUACUUGAAUGGGUUGAUUGUAGAGGAGACGCUUAUAGUUCAUACUAUUUAUUUUUCUGCACUGAAACCUCAGACUAUU